UUAUUAUUUCUCCAUAACUGCCAUGCUCUCAUGGAAGCCUUCCUCGUGCUCAUGCAGUUCGCUGCAAAGAAUUCCAGGUGGGUACAGUGUGUGGAAAAUAGGUCAGUCUAUAACAGGGGUGCUCAUUAAGUCGAUCGCGAUCUACCGGUCGAUCGCGGAGGUGGUACUGGUCGAUCGCUGGUCGAUCGCGGCGGGAUAUUAAAAAAAAUAUCAUCCUAGCAUCAAUGCCGUCACUUGAUUGAUAUACAGGGCAGCCAUUCAGAUGACAACUGAAUGUUGCCCUUUGGGGCGACCAAUCAAAUCAAACAACGUCUCUAAGUGCAGCAGAACUUACGAUGUCAGCCUAUCAUCCAUCCCCGUUACUUGAUUGACAUACAGGACAACCAGUCAGAUGACAACUGAAUUUUGACCUUUAGGUCACCGCUCAUGCGUAAACAACGAUGCAAAGUGCUAAGCUAGUCGGCGAAUUGCGUUAGAUUUUAAGCCCUCGCUAAAGUUUAUGGUCACUAAAAUGAGUGAAGGAGCUGGACCAAGUAAAAAGGCAAAAACUGGACCAAGUAAAAAGGCAAAAACAUAUCACUUCCAUACGGAAUGGGAGGUGGACUUUUUUUUCUCACAAUGUCUUUUUCUAAGUGCGUUUGCCUCAUAUGCCAUUCUACCAUCGCAGUACCAAAGAAGGGAAAUGUGGAGUAAUGUGGAGGUAAUUACAAAAAAUGUUAAUUGUUAAUUAUGUGUGUUUUGCAAUAUUGGCUCAUUUGGUUAUGUAAGGUACAUCAACAUACAUUGUACGUACAAAUAAUCCUCAAUACAUUUGAAAAUAAAUAGAUGUUCUGCAUUUUUGUAGUGGGUAGAUCAUUUUGACUCGGUCAUUUUAAAAGUAGCUCGCAUGCUGAAAAAGUGUGAGCACCCCUGGUCUAUAACAUUCCAGAUGAUAGAAUUCCAAAUGGGGCAGUCUGUAACAUUCCAGAUGACAGAAGACAGAGCUGACAGGACAUUUGGAUCAUGGACAUGGAUGUUCUGUUAGGUGAAGUGCUCCUGGCAGGAAGUAGUAUGUGCAAAGUGUAAAGUGUGUAAAUGGUUACCAAAUGCUGGUUUGUGCCCCUGCGGUGGUUGUCUGGGACAGCGGCGUGUGAAAAGCCAUCAAAAGCCAAAAGACUGACUGCUUGCAGGUCACGUUUCCAGCUCCUAUGCUAAAAGUUGACUUGGGAAGCAGAAGGUGUGCCGAUGUGGCCCCCCGGGCCUGCCUGCCUGCCAGCCUGUGUGUGACUGACUGAGUGAGCACUUGCUCCGCAGUGGAAUAUUCCAUUAGCAAACACGUGGGCGGGGCCUAAAGCCGGUCACCUUGUACAGCACGGUACAGGUCCCCCACCCUGCGUCUUAUUGUGAUUUCCUGUAGGCGUGUGGGAGUAAACACAGACACAACAAGGCAAAGAAAGACAAGCCUGAGGUGCGUUUAUGUGUGGUUUUUGUGGGGAGGGCGAUACCCAGCCAAAAGUAGGACAACAUGGCCGUCAAGCACUUGUCAGAAUGGGCCUCUUCGGCGUCACAACCUCCUCUCCUCUUCAUUGCAUCGCAUUCAUUUCUUACAUUCACCAUCUUUGAGGGACGUGCAAACCACCAAGAUGUUUUUUCUCCAUGAGUCGCUUUUGUCUGACGAUUGUGAAAUAUUGAGGAGAUCCGUAUGCUAGCAUGUCUUCCAAGAGCAUUUUGGCCACAAGCCAUACUGAGUUUGGUCGUGCACUGUGCACGUGUUGGGGGGGGGCGUUUGACGGUGUUGACGAGUGAAGGAAUGAAUCUUUACACGCGUCUCUCACUGGCUUGCCAGAUUUGCACCCGGCUCAAGAAAACUGCCUCAAAAGUGACUCAUUGACGAGCACCUCAAGUCGCAGGAAGUCAGGUCGUUGUCCACCACGAGCGGCAGGAAGUCAGGUCGUUGUCCAUCACGAGCGGCAGGAAGUCAGGUCGUUGUCCAUUUCAAGUCACAGGAAGUCAGUUCGUUGUCCAUCACUAGCGGCAGGAAGUCAGGUCGUUGUCCAUCACUCGAAGCAGGAAGUCAGGUCGUUGUCCACCUCAAGUCACAGGAACUCAGGUCGGAACUCAGGAAGCUUUUUGCUUCAGCUCAUAACACAGGAUCAUUAAAACAAGAAAAGGGGAAGCUAAGGGUUCUGGUGAUGCUAAAUCAGCAUGUGUGUGCUGACCCCCCCCACCACAGACCUUUCACAACGUGGUGGUGUCCGUAGGAACAGCAGGUAUAUUAUGUCACAUCUCUUAACUGGCCGUGUAGCCAUAAUCCGCCUGUUAGACGAGUACGGGAUUUGUCAUUGACGCGAGCGAGCGCACGUUGAAACGCACGUGCCUCCUGUCUCCACUUACUGCACUGCAGAUGCACUGCACCCAAAUGCAUCACUCUCACUUAUCUCACCCCCCUCGCUCUUUCUCCCUGCCAUCCAUCUGCUUCCCACUGCUGGGAAUGUACGCUAGAUGUUUUUUCCACGGGAGUCACACAAGAAGCCGAAAGGGAAUGUUGUUUUGCGUGCAGGACGACAAGGCAACGCCAGCUCUCUCGGUUCUCAAAGCUUCUGAAGGAGUCCAUGAUACAGACCCAACACACUCUGCACUCGAGUCACGCCAUCUGACGAGAAAGAAAACAACUGGAAGGGUAAUAAACAUGUCGGUGACAUUUAGCCCGAGUACAUUUAACUCUUUGCCUGGUAACAACACGGGUUGGUCUACAGUGGCUUUUCAGCCAAGCCACGGUACGCUAUGGCCGGAACUUGGUCGUGGUUCCACACUGGAAUGGCGAUGGUAAUGGCUGCGUGACUGCAGGGAUGUCAAGUUAACUGUAGGCCUCUUUACUAAACACAACCCUUCCCAAAUGCUACAGUCUCCUUUUUCGGUAAACUCUCUAUAAUUUCAGAAAUAGUCCCACGUCUUGCUGCCUUCAGUCUCCUUUUGAAUAAAUCACCUCCUUUAUUGUUGUGUUGGCAACCGCUUUUCCAUCUAGCUUCCUCUUGUCCUUACAGUGUGUCAACCGUAAGGACACCUCGGCCGUCAUCGCGACCUCAUUUAUCGUCUUGUUCAUCCAACCUUGAUGUUCCACAUAAUUCAACAGAGACUGUAAAGCAGAUGGGAGUCAGCGCUGGCCUUCUCACCAGGCCUCUUGGUUUCCUCAUUGUCUCUCAGCGGCAAACGUCCACGAGCCCCGGCUGGGUGUGUGAACUUGAUCCGAGGUCUCCAGUCUUGUAAUCCAUACUCGGCUCUAUUUGGGUCAGAGCUUUGUUGCACGUCGACAGAUGAUUACGUGCCUCGCGGAUCUUUUUAGGACAAUCAAUGUCCAGGUAGAUCACCACAAAGUAGCUUCGAUAGGGUUUGAAAUCAGUUUCAUUCCCUCUGUCCCUUGAUCUUCAGUCUGGAUUAGGGAUACAUCACCGUGGCAUUCCGAGAAGAGCUGAGGAAUAGGAAUACCUUACCGUGUGGGUCGCUGAGAACCACUGAUGUACAUGGCGAGUCAUGCUGGAUGAAUGCUGGAACAUGCCACCAGGUCGUUCCUCCACAACGUCAUGAAAAGCCCCGACCUCAGGAGGAACCAGUUGAGGGUCGCAUCUCUCAGAUGUGGAGCAAACAAGUCGGGGAGAUUUUUCUCCCAUUCCGUGUUUUCCGAAACAGGAUCUAGGGCUACAUAUUGCAUCAAUCAAAGCUUUUGCAUAGUAAAAGAUGACUCAUAGUAAAAGAUGACCUAAAGAGGUUUGCGUCACCCGGCAAAAACUGCCUCCCCAGUGGAGAGGGAAGCCAAUGCCUCUCAGCUUUGUUUGACCUUGGCAGAGGUCAGCACCUGCCAGCUCCUCCUGAUUCCGACCUGAUGUCGCAGGUGAUCUGGUCACAAGAGUUAACACUCACCGAAAUAGAGUGGGGGGCCGUGGGCUGUGGGGUCCCGUGUGUUUAUUUGCAGACUGAGAAGGCUGGUGGGGGGCCUGUGAGACACGGGUGAUGUCCCUCGUCCUUCCUUGUACGUCCUCGUCCCUCGUGGCCUUGACCUUUUCUAAGCUGCUACCCAACCUCUCCGCUCUCAUUUAAGGCACGCUUUCCUCCUUAAUCCGCCCCCUUAAGUCACACGUGAGAGGGUCAUUGUUAAUGUUGCCCCCCCCCUUUGCCCAGAAAUCUGAGGUCUAAUUCCAUAUUAGCUGAGCUCAUGUUCCACACAAACACACACGGACACAAAGGGAGGACUGACCCAUACCACAAGCACUAAAAUCAGAUAACACACACAAGGCUGGACUGUUCUGGAAGACCAAGCGGUCCAGAUGGACAGACGGAGACGUGUAGAUGGACAGACGGAGACAGUAGAUGGACAGACGGAGAUGUGUAGAUGGACAGACGGAGACGUAUAGACGGAGACGUAUAGAUGGACAGAUGGAGACUUUUCACGAAUGUACUGCAGACAACGCUAGCCUGUAUGACAGCAGUGCUUUGCUGACAUCUGCCCAAGAUUGUCUGAGAACAGGAGGCUCUGUACGCUCUCUUUUUCAGGACCUACUCCAAAUGCACGAGUCAAAGACCUUCUAUGCAUGAUAGAAGUGCUCUUCUGUCUUUAGGAACGUACUGCUAGUCAAUGCUCGUCAAAAAUCCUCUAUACAACUGGGAUGCUGUGUUGCCACAAAGAUGCUUGUUAAUGGGGGUGCUCUGCUCCUUUUAUGGAUCUACUGCCAAAAAAUCUUGGCCUUUAUGAUGGGGUUGCUCUGCUGUUUUUAGGAAGAUGCUGCAAAAAGGCUAGUCAAAGAUAUUUUUCUAAGGACCUGAUGCAAAAUGCUGGUCACAGAUCCUCCACUUUGCACAAGAGAAGGAGAAGGAGAUCUCUGUUAUGUAAUCCACUGCAAUCCGUGAGGUCAGAUCAGCGCAUCUUUAUGAAAUAUUAACGAGUGCUUCAUGAAUGUUAAUGGCGACACGUGAGCGCCCGAUGGCAACACUUCUGGUAGUCCACAUAGCCCCGCCUCUUUGGUUCUGUCGGUCACUUCGUCCCGAAGAGCGGCAAGGCCAUUCAGACGCGGCUUUUAUCUUUUGCCUGUCCGAGAGCAUCUUCGAGUGAAGGAUCAUGUGCUGGCAGCCAUGACGGCCUGAGAACAAUAAAGACUGAAUGGCCUCUUUUCACAGCCAGAGUAGACGCGCCUGUGUGACGGGCGAGAACUUGUGCCUGGAGCAUGCAAGGCCAAACCAGUUCACCACUCCGAUGUUGAGAUUCAUCAGCCCAUCGAUGGGGAUUUCACGAGGAGCUCCGCCAUCCGCCGCCGCCUGUCCGCCUCCCUCCCCGUCCCCCUGCGGCCUCUCCCUCGCCCCCGCCGGCUCUAGACAACCCCCCUCCAUACACAAAAUGACUCUGGAAUUCACCGAAUGGUCUUCUAUAUGGAUUUUCACCCCUUGUAAUAGACAAAAACAAAAGUAAGGAAGACGGGGGGGGGGGGGGCACCUCCAUGACCGAGAAGCCAUAAACGCUCACCUCACACACACACACACACGCACACACACAUUCACAAAACUGCACAAGAUCUUUGAAUGUGUCUCUUCCUGUGAAAAUUAAGCUGCUUCCUUUUUAUUGGGGGGGGGUUGAUAAUUCUUGGAAAAGCUGAUUUUGUUGUUUGGGAGAAAAACAUGGAAGCAUGACAAGGAUUUGGGAUUGGAUGUUGAGUGGCUAACGGCAUUAAGUAGGGAAUGCUAGAUCAUAGGAAACCAUUUGGGAGUUUUCACAUCUCCAAGCAAAUCAGCUGGAAUUAAAUUUUCAUUCAGUUGUAAAGAAUUGACAAAAAAGAGGGCAGCGCUCGAGCUCGGAAAGGGCGCUCGUCUGCAUGCCCCCCCCCGCCAUGCCUCCCCAGAACACGGGCGCGGACGCCAUGCAGGUGGGAUCUCUGUUGGGCGGCGCCGCCGAGGCCAAACACUCCACAGCGUCGGACGAGGAGAAAGGAGGAGGCGGCGAGACGGAUGGAUUGGGGCGAGGGAGCGGCGGCGCUGGCGGGGAAGAGUCUGCCAGUGAGGGAUCCAUCGAGGGCAUCCCGCUGAAGAGAUGGGUGAUGCACGGCGCCGUCAUGUUCGGCCGGGAGUUCUGCUACGCCAUGGAGACGGCGCUGGUGACGCCCGUGCUGCUGCAGAUUGGUCUUCCGGAGCAGUACAACAGCCUGACGUGGUUCCUGAGUCCCGUCCUGGGCCUGAUCUUCACGCCACUGAUCGGCUCAGCCAGCGACCGCUGCUCGCUGCGCUGGGGCCGGCGGAGGCCCUUCAUCCUGGCUCUGUGCAUCGGAACGCUGAUCGGAGUGGCGCUCUUCCUGAAUGGCUCGCUGAUGGGUCUGUCUCUGGGGGACGUGCCGGGAAGACAACCGAUAGGGAUCGUCCUCACCGUGCUGGGAGUGGUGGUGUUGGACUUCUGCGCUGAUGCCACGGAGGGCCCAAUCAGAGCCUACCUCUUGGACGUGGCCGACACGGAGGAGCAGGACAUGGCGCUCAACAUCCAUGCAGCCUCGGCGGGUCUCGGUGGGGCUGUGGGCUAUGCUCUGGGCGGGCUCAAUUGGACGAACACCUUUCUGGGGGCCAUCUUCAAGUCUCAGGAGCAGAUUUUGUUCUUCUUCGCCGCCGUCCUCUUCUCUGUGUCGGUGGUGUUGCAUCUGCUCAGCAUUGACGAGCAGCAGUACGUACCUCAACAUGAAAGACUGGACCAGGAGAGUCCCGAUCCAGGCCACCCUCAACCUCCAGCCAACAGCAGGACGGGAUUUCUGGCUCCAAAGCUGGGAAUGAUCGGCGAGGACGACACCAUGGACAGCUUCGACCUGUAUGACGCCUACAGAGACGACCUGUCCGAGCGCGGGGAUUUGGAGAUGGAUUUCCUGGAGGUGGAGCUUGUUAGAAGUAAAAGCGACAGCGUUCUGGCCAUGACGGACGCCACCCUGGACCAGGAGGCCUUGUUCCUGUGCCACAUCGAGCCAUCCAUCUUUGCCGACCGCCUCUCGCCCUAUCACGGCUCACCCCCGCCGGCCGUCCACUUCCUACGCGCCAAUCGCAGCACCCCGCCGCCGGCCGUGCGACGCAGCAGCAGCGGCACAGGGAGCCAAGACCUGCUCCGUCCCCAAAAUGCUAACCACCAAAGACACUGCACCACCACCGGGGGAGGCAGGAUUUGCCGCCUGUCUGCGUUCUUGCAGGAGAUGGAGAAGGACGAGGGGGAGGAGGCGCUGCUCAACAACCAGCUCAAUGAGCAGCGUGCGCUGAAUGGACGCUUGCUGGCGUGCAACGACUCCACGGACAGAGGUGCUGGGCUCAGCGCUAAAGGACAAGCUCAUCGUGCCGGAAUGGUCAAAGCUGCCAGCACGGGCGCCCCAUUGCGGCUGUCCCACCACCACCACACCUUCUACCGCCAGCCAUCUUGCACUUUCUCCUACUAUGGCAGAGUGGGCAGCCGCCGCUACCGCUACCGGCGUGCCAACGCCGCAUUUCUCAUCAAGCCGUCACGCAGCAUGAACGACCUGUACGAGGUGGAGGCGCGGCACCGGCGCAGGAACCGCCAUCGCCACCGGCACCGCAGCGGCAACACCAACUCCUCCAGCGGGGACGCCGAGAGCGAGGAGGGCGAGGUGGAGACCACCGUGCGUCUGCUGUGGCUCUCCAUGCUGAAGAUGCCCCCGGAGCUCUUGCGUCUCUGCGCCUGUCACCUGCUGACGUGGUUCUCCAUCAUCGCCGAGGCCGUCUUCUUCACCGACUUCAUGGGACAAGUCAUCUACCAUGGAGAUCCUACUGCUGCAGCUAACUCCACCGCCCUGGCUAACUACCACCAAGGCGUUCAGAUGGGCUGCUGGGGUCUGGUGAUAUACGCCAUGACUGCUGCUACGUGCUCAGCUCUCCUGCAAAAGUACCUGGAUAACUUUGACUUGAGCAUCAAGGUCAUCUACAUCCUGGGCACGCUGGGAUUCUCCAUCGGAACCGCUGUCAUGGCCUUAUUCCCCAAUGUGUAUGUUGCCAUGGUGAUGAUCAGCAGUAUGGGCAUCAUGUCCAUGAGCAUCUCCUACUGCCCCUACGCCCUGCUGGGACAGUACCACGAAAUGAAAGAGUACAUCCAUCACAGUCCCGGCAACUCCCGGAGAGGAUUUGGCAUCGACUGCGCCAUCUUGUCCUGCCAAGUGUACAUCAGUCAAAUCCUGGUGGCUUCAGCUUUGGGUUCUGUGGUGGAAGCCGUGGGCAGCGUGCGUGUUAUUCCCGUGGUGGCCUCCGGGGGCUCCCUGUUGGGAUUCCUCAGCGCCUGCUUCUUGGUCAUGUAUCCCUCGCCGCAUAGCGGGGAGGCGGGAUCGACCAAAGUGUCGGAGAAACAGGCUUUGACUUUGACUCCCAGCAGCAACAAAACGCCACCCAAGGAGAAACCCAGCUUCUUAAAACUCAACAAGGCAGGAAAGGCCACCGCUACCACCACUUCCUGUCACUCGGAGAAUGAAUCAGUCCUGUGAUUGGCCAGCCAUUGCCAUCAUCUUGCUGCAUCCUCAUUGGCCUCCACCCCAAAUCCUUCCACAGCCGCUUUGCAGGUCAAAAAAGGGGAGGGGGGGUGGUCGUUGUCUCUCAGGAAACCUCAGGGGGAACUCGCGCUCCCGCACACACACGCACAGACACACAAACGUUACUGACGAACUCCCAAGUCCUCCAAGCUGUUUCCAAAACGUGGUUCUUCCUCACUUUGGAUGCCUGAUGAACGCCGCUCUGAAGCUUUAAGACUCUCCAGACUUUCUGACUUGAAAAGAAGAGCCCAAAGCCUGCUUGCGGGAGAUGAAACAUCCUGCAAACACACCGAUGGAGCCCAAAUCCAUACUGUUGGACUGCUAAGGAAAUCUUGUCAUUCCAGGACAAGGCAAGAGAAGGAGCACGGAGCUGCCUCCAGUAUAUCACAUGUUGUGUCAAAUUCCAUAAGAGAUUAUAUAAAGAAGAUAUGGACUAUACAGGGCAUUAUUAGUAUUAGUGUUAUUAUCCCAAAUGAUGAUUUGCAUGACCUCUUCACGUGUGAUCAUAAGACAAAUGCUGCAUGUUAGCCAAGCGACCAGAGAGGAAGUUUGUCUCUUUUCUGCUUCUCUUUGUUAGCUUUUACAAAAUGCUAAUCGCUGUUGCUGAAUGGCUGCACGGGAGCUGCAAAGAGAUUACCUGGGGUGGAGGGGGGGGUCUGUUGCAAUACAACAAUACACCUGCCGUAAAAACAACAACUACAAAAAAGCGUACUGUAGAUCCCUUCCCCCCUAAUGAUGCACCCAUAAAAGCUAUACUACUGGCAGUACAGUAUAGUACUGGCAGUAUAGUAUAGUACUGGUAGUAUAGUAUUGGUGGGUUAGCUUCUUCUGUUGUUUGUGCUGAACAGUCGUCAAGAAGGGAGAAGUUGUUGGAUGGAUGGAUGGAUGGAUGGAUAAAUGCAGGGCAGCAUGUGGGUGGGAUCCGUCCUGCGUCUUCAGGGAAAAGCUAUAACUACCCAGUUGAAUUUCAAGCCUUCUUCUUCUUCUUCUUCUUCUUCUUCUUCUUGCACUCAGAAGCGGAAUUCCGGCUGGAAAGGCACUCAAGAGAGUUGCAUGCAAGGUGUUUUUUUUUUAACUGCUGCGUUUGGCAACUUUUGCUCCCGCUUUCACAACUCUGAGGAAGUAGACCAAGCGGCAAAGCUCAGUCAGGUUUUUUUGUUGUUGUUGUUGUUUUUUAAACGAAUGUCUCCACAGUCGACAAUGCUGGAUGGACAAACUUGAACUUUGGAAGCAUUUGAUGAGGUCCUUCUUGAAUGCAUUACAAGUAUUUGCUCUGUGAAUGUUGACUUCAGUACUGAUGUCAAAAGGUAGUUUGGGGGUGGGGCCUUUGUUCGCUCGCUGUGGCGUUCCCUCGGGGUCAUUCCGUGACUGCGGUUACGGCAACGUUGGGGCCACACUGAAAAGAAAACUCCUUCACCUUGGAAUAUUCCCACCUGACUCUCCUUGGAAGUCAUUCUACUCAGCUUUAUUCCCCAAAAAUGAAACUACUUGAUUCUCAGAUGAAAUCUUCAACGAUAUUGCCACGUUGUUAUUCUUAAAUGGCACCUUUUUCUGCUAAUAUAACCCCAAUCGAAUCCAAUCCAAUCUAAAACCCUAAUCUUCCACCCUCAACAUCCUGAAAUGAAACUACCAUACUUUAUUCUGGGAAUAUUAGGAGAGAAAUGUAAGAUAAAGAUAUUGUGUGACUUUAGUGUUCGAAAAUGACACUUUGUGUAAACGUAUGUUAAUGACUUUAUUCUCACCAUACCUCAACUCUAACGCCCUAAAGGGAAAGUACUUUAUUCCAGUAAUAUUUCAUUUCUUUCACAGAAAUCUCACUUUCAUCUCACCCAUCCAGCCACACAUCCACCAACCAACCCAUCCAUCCACUCAUCUAUCCAUCCACCCACCAACCCCUCCAUCCACCCACCAACCCAUCCAUCCCCUCACCAACCCCUCCAUCCACCCAUCCAUCCACCCACCAACUCAUCCAUCCAUCCACCCACCCACCCACCAACCCAUCCAUCCAUCCACUCACCAACCCAUCCACUCACCCACCCACACAUCCCCCCACCCAUCCAUCGUAUGUUUUUUUGAUAGAUUUAUUUUGGCAUUUGUAUUUUUUCUUCUGAGCGUGGCCCCAGUAUUCCUUGAUAUCAACGUGUUAACACUUAGUUGGGUUUUUGAAUAAGAUGUGGUGAGUUGGUGUUUUUUCUAGAAAGGAAGAAGAGUUGAGCAGGGGCAGGAGCAGGAGUACGAGUAAGAGCAGGAGUACGAGUAAGAGCAGGAUGUUGAGGAGGACAGGCUCCCUGUCGGCGUCUGUGUGGUGAUUUGGAAGAUGUAUUUAUUGUGUAAGUGCCACGCCUUGUGCCGGAAUGUUGCUGGCAUGCUGGGAGCUUGGCUUCGGAUGUACAGGACCUCGGAUUCCAUCUCUUAAGAAAAACUAAAACAUAAUGAAUGUUUGGAUGUUGCACAAAUCUUGCACAUGAAAAUGUUGAAAACUAGCAGUGAAUAUUUAUUCCUCUUAUUAUUAUUAUUAUUAUGUGAUGUAGCUUUAGGAUAAAUUGCGUUCUGGGGGUACACGUGUGAGCAAAUGUUUAAAAAAAGUGUUUUCGGUUGCGAUGGAUGACUUCCAUGCACGUUCGGUUGGGAUGUUGGACGUUUCACCUGGUGGAGGCCGUCUUCCUGUUCUUCGGUUGCCUGCGUGACUCCGCCUCUGCUCAACUCUGUCAUGAUGAUGAUGAUGAUGAUGAUGAAUGAACUCAAUCUAUACAUACACAGUAUAUACAGUACCUGGAAAUGAACUACUUCAAGAAUGGGAAGUGUACUCUUAAUGUGCUUAUGAUGCCUUUUGUCAUUAGGAAAGAGGUGUAAUUACCUACUCUUACUUUCCUCUUUUUUUGCUGCUAUGGAAAAAAAGAUGAUUAUUUUGGUUUUCUAUAUAAAGCCUGUAUAUAUCCUAGAUAUUGAAAUCUAUAUCUUAAUGUUGUGUAAAUACGCACCACAUAGAAUAUGUAGAAUGACUCUGGAUGAUGAAACACUGUAUGAACGCACCUUUUCAAAAUCAAACCAGCUCUGACUCUUCUUUCCUACGUUUUACAGAAGUUUUUACAGAAAUUUAACAAAGAAAGAAAAAUGGCAGAAGAGGUGUUAGCAUGCACAAUAUAAGGCCAGGGUUGCAAAAAAGGUGGAAAUUUUCCCAUAAAUUACUUCAUAUGAAUUUGCAUAUUGUUUCCAAUUUUAUUUAUAUGUGUAAUAUAUAUAUGCAAAUGCGUGCCAUCCAACAAAUGUUUCCUUUGGAUAGAAACAAUUUUUAUAGAUUAUAAUUAAUUAAUUAUAAAUAUUUAUAGAUAUUUUAUAUUUUUUGUAUUCCCAACUAUCCCAGUAAUUGAGAGGAAAACGUUUUGCAGCAUUAAGAACAAACUAAACCAAAACGAGCAAAGCAGGCGGGGAGGGGUCACUGGAGAGGUCACCUGACCUCUUCUAUAUGUUUGCCAUCUUGGGUUUGGGAAAACACAGCAGUGUACACGGUGGACGAGGAAACUGAAACCAAUGUGUGUGUAAGUGUACCAUGUGACCUGCCUGCUGAGUGUGGAAAGUGACACCGAGUGAACUCUGACAACCGAAGACCGCCACUCGCCUACAUUGCUCUCAUGACACACUCUUAAAGGUUCUACGGGGUUUGUUAUAGUUCCAUCGUUUAUAUUUUGGUGUUCCAUCUGAUUGUACGUUUACACACACGACUAAAUCUUGUCAGAGCUCUUCGGAGUUGACUGGAAGGUGAAAGGAAGUUCCUAUUUGCACUUCUUGCAAGUGUAUGGUCCAUACACAGUCCCUGGGGCAGGACAAACACUGCUCUCUAGUGGAUCCCCGUGGAACACUCUUAAGCUCGACAGUGUUUCACCUAGGUCUGUCAAAAAUAAGGCGUUAACGGCAGUAACUAAUUUGUUUAAUUCAUUACGUUAAUUUUUCAGCGUAAUUAACGCAUGCGCAUCAUGGCAAGCCACUGCUCUCUGUUAUGACGACAGAUGGCGGUACAAUGUAGCUCCACACAGAACUGUCGGCUCUUUAGAACUUUAUUCUCAGCUGAACACAUCAACAGCAGUGCAAUUCAAACACAAUUUAUGUAUCUAAAAAACACGUCUGUAGUCCGUUCGUCAUUCCAACACUUCCUCACUUGACAGAUCGCGAGAUGCUUUCACUGAUACCCCGAACAUCACAACAACCUGCGAGCUGCAGCUCAGUUUUUUCGUUGUUAUUCUUGUUUAAAUCACAAUUACAUGUAAACGGGAAAGGGCAAUAUAUUUUAAACAUUUGUACAAAUGACUGGUUUACUUGUGUCCUCUUUUGCUGCUUUAAGUGAUUGAAUGAAUGAAUUUUGCAACACUAGAUGGGCAUGUAGCAGCAUAGGAGUAUAUUCAUAUCCCCCUAUGCAGCGUGUCCCGUUAAACAGAGUUCACUGCCGGCCAAUCAUUGGGUAGGUGGAGAGUAUUUAAGCAGCGCUCCUCUCACUGCUUCUCUCUCUGCACUUCCGUCUGUGUACUUCCGGGGUCAAGUGUUCGAUUGAGACAGUGACCGGUGUGCUGUUGGGGCAUACGUGUCUUUCGGCGUCCUAUUGUGGUGAGACGCCCGUAGCCGCCUGGGUUUACUCCCUCGCUCCUCUCAUGUGCCUGUGUAUCUGCUUAGAAGGUGUAAUCUGCCUGAAUGCCAGCCGUCUGAGAACUCCGCUGUUUUGUCUCCACUGCUUUGUCUCCGCUGUUCUGUCUCUGUGGUUGCUCUCGUUGCUUCGUCUGCGCAUCCGCUGCUUGCCUUGGCUGGCUGCUUUCCCGCCGCUGUGCUGCGGCUUGCCGCUGACCUGUCCCGCUGCUGCUCGGUCUUGUGGCUUCGCCUGGCUGGGAGCUUGGCGCUGGUGGCCUCUGUCUGCGCUCUGGACUGCUCUGCCUGCUGUGGUCGGCCCGCGUGCUGGGCUGUGACUGACUUGCCAGGCCGCUCGGCCUCUCCUGACGGACACUACGUGCAAUUUCUAUUAUUAUUAUAGAAUUCCGCUUUUAUGUGUGUGUUUUAAUGGUGGGGUUGUAGAUCCCUUUUUGUUUAGUUACAAUUGUAUAGGUUUUGCUCUUGUUUAGAUUAUUUUUAUAGGUUUACCUUUUGUUUUAGGGUUAUUUUGACUUAGUUAUAUUUUCUAGUCUAGUUGUUUUAUUUGAUUUUGGGAAUUGGGUGGAUUUUCCUUGAAUAGUUCUUCUUUUGUUUAUCAUGUUGUUUUGCUUGUUUAAUUUGUGUUUAGUGGCUCUACCUUUAAUUUAGUUAGUACAAUUUUGUUACUUUUUGUUUAAUUGCUUUAUUUUGUUUUUGACCCCACUAAUUGUUUUAUUCCCUUUUCAGUUGCUGAGGAUCGGUGGUGGUGGUGCUGGUGGUCUGGGUGGCGGUAUCCCCGCCUUCCGUGUGCGGUGCUCCUCUGGGAUUGGUUUUCUUUGCACAACCCUGUGUGAGUGUGUCACGUGUGACUGGGUGCUUUUUGAGUUGUUUUGGGUGGAUCCCUCCCCCCUUCACUAGCCCAUUGUCCACCUGGUAAGCCUCAGCACCUGAUUAGGUUUCCCUCUUCCCCUUCUUGUGUGUGGUAUUUUAAACGGAUGUUAACUUAACUUAAUAAAAUCUAUUAAUUUUUU